AUUAAUUCGCUAACCGUGCCUGACGAAUUCAGUCUCGCAACUAGUUAAAUCCCUAAUCGAAUAGUGGCGUAUUUGUACCAGAAAUUUUUCACAUUUAUCGAAUUACCUCGCCACGCGGUAGACUUUAAACUCACUUUGCGAUAUUUAUGCAGCGAACCCUUUUACCGAGCUGAUUCGGUUAAAACUUGGACCCGGAUGCCGUCGCCAUUUUCGAACGAAAUAUCGAAUAACGCAGAAAAUUCCUCUCGAACAGUGAAAACUUUAUGUUAAUACCACUAUCGGUCGAAGAUGGCCUGGUAGAGUAUUAUGUGCGACGGUGAACACAAAAAACAUGUAUGUGAAGUAGUCCACCGUCAACCGUCAUGGACCCCAACGCCACAGCCAAUUCGACCGACAUGGAAAACGUCCGGACUAUAUUCCCGGUCGUCGUCCAAAUCAUCCAGACGAUCCUGUUCACGGUCGUGUGCCUCGUCGGCCUCAUAGGCAACACGCUGGUGAUCUACGUGGUGAUACGGUUUUCGAAAAUGCAAACCGUCACCAACAUGUACAUCGUGAACCUGGCCAUCGCUGACGAGUUCUUUCUCGUCGGUAUCCCGUUCCUGAUAGCGACGUUGCUGAACGGACACUGGAUAUUCGGCUACUGGGCGUGCAAGGCGUACAUGAUCACCACCAGUAUCAAUCAGUUUACCAGCUCGAUUUUGUUGUGCAUCAUGAGCGCCGACAGAUAUAUCGCCGUGUGCCACCCCAUAUCGUCUCCGAAGUGGCGCACCCCGUUCAUAUCAAAAAUAGUGUCGCUCCUCGCGUGGUGCUGCAGCAUCCUCCUCAUCAUCCCGAUCAUCGAGCACGCGAAAGAGAUAUCGGAUGGCGAGAGGAGCUCCUGCGUCAUCUGGUGGGACAACUCCGACGACGAGAACUUCACCCAGAACUCGACCGCGAUCGACCAAGAGAUCGACUCGUCGCAGGCGACCGUGUUCACCCUGUACACGUUCGUGUUUAGCUUCGCGAUCCCGCUCGCGCUCAUCCUCUUCUUCUACUGCGAGGUGAUCAAGAAAUUGAAGACCGUCGGCCCAAAGAACAAGUCGAAGGAGAAGAAAAAAUCGCACCGAAAAGUGACAAACCUCGUUCUGACAGUCGUCACCGUCUACGUCAUCUGUUGGCUGCCUUACUGGAUAUCGCAGCUGGCGCUGAGCAACUCGACCAUGAGCACCUUCAACAUAACCUUACAUUUGCUGGUCUCGUGCCUGAGCUACUCGAACUCGGCGGUGAACCCGAUCCUCUACGCGUUCCUCAGCGAUAACUUCAAGAAGAGUUUUCUGAAGGCGUGCACGUGCGCCGCCAACAAGGACGUGAACGCGACGCUGCACCUGGAGAACAGCGUAUUCCCGAAAAAGGCGAAACAGCAGGCCGAAAAGAGCAGGACCGCGCGAAACACGUCACUGUGUCCGACGCAGGACGACGACUACGACGCCGGACCACUGGUCAAGACGGACGCGUCCACGUCCGCCAUCACGAUGACCAGCAGGACGAACAUAACCUCAUUCGGAGACAGCAGGGAUAACGUGUCACGUGGAGGAGCCAGGAACGGAACGGCGGGCUCGCAAUCCCAACCGACCAGCUUGUAAAAUGGCGACGACGCGCACGCGAUUGACGUUUCGAUAUAUAGAUGUAGUUCUACGUCAUUUGUUUUUAUUUGUAUAUAAAAGUGGACUUCAGAAUGGAAGCCGGUGUCGACGUGUGUGUUUAACCGAUAAUAAAGUGGUUA